UUAAUUCUAAAAGAGAUACCGAAAUAUAUCUCUAGAAUUAGUAUUAGCUUAACCUCAUAUGAAACAAACAAAAUUUGCUUAAUCUUCAGUACGUUUCAGUCAUUCUCAAGAUAGUUUUUGACGACAUAGUAUUUCUUUAUAUUCAUACAAAACUAUUGAUCACUAGAUAAAAAAAAUGGGUCUAAAAUCGCUACUUUUUAUAAUUUGUUUGGGAAUCUGCAUUGGUUUAAGUGUUGCUGAGAAGCUGAACUCAUCAGACCAACAAUAUUUGGAUGAUCUCUUUAAAGAUAUACCCGAUGGAGAUAGAAAACGUGUCCUUUACCACCAUCUGUUUUUGGGAUACCUGAAGAAGAAUCCACAGCUAAAUCCAACUGAUUACAAUUUGGAUGAUAAGGAUGCAGAAAAGCUGUACGACAUAUUUAUAACAAAAUUCAAAACAAAUUCUCUAAUGUCGGAUCCAAUCUGCUUCUCUAAUGGAGAAUGUAUAGAUCCUUCUGAUUCCGGCUUGUAUCCCAGCUAAACGUCAGAUAUAUUUGUAUAGUUAGAUAUAGGUAUAGAUAAAUCGUUAGAUAUUAGAUUUAAAAACUUUAUUCAUUUAUACACAUAUUAUGUUAUAGUAGCUUUAAAUAAAUCCAUGGUGUAUUGUU